AUGGUCGUCGAGUUCCAAUACCAUCAUAAUUCGGGCAGGAAUUCAAAGGGCGGUAAUCUGCAAGGGAAGGGGAGAGGCCUUUCCCUGCCUUGUAAACGUCUUGUAUACAUGUUCGAGCACUUCCAAACGCCGAAAAACCGUUGGGCGAAAGAGACCAGGGAUUUUGAAACACCAAACUACCAGAAGAGCGGAGCAGAUGAGAGCGGAGAGCGAGAUAAGAGCGAUGAGCGACUAAGGCAGAUGGAUGCUGAAGCGGUACCUUUGACCCGACCUGCCAAGAAACCCAUGGGACCUGUGCCCAACAGGUACCCAUGGGUAGGACCCACAGGUAACAGGUACCUGUUGAAAAAUACCUGUAAGGGUGCAGGUAUGGAUUUUGAGGGCAUGGGUACCUGUGUCAAGGGUGCAGGUACCCGUACAGGUGCACCCGCGUUCAGCCUUAAAGGAGAGUCACAAGGCUUGUGGCUUGAGCCGCAAAGACCUUGUACUCGCACCCGAGAACAUCGAAAAGCCGCUGGGCAUUUCUUGCGCGUUGGCCAGUCCGGGAGCACCAACACCCUCAUGGGCUUUGUGAACCCCGCAGUCCUGAUUGGGGCAUUGGAAGACAACAGGAACUCGGAAUCAGAUUCGGACGUCACCUUAUUCGGGGGCGACAAGAUUGCCACUGGACGAAGUGGUAUUGCUCGCGGGAAGCCACCUGCAGACGGAUUCUGGGAAUUAAGCCGAGCCGUCCUAGUGACUAUUGAUGGUGCUGGACACAUGGCGCCCUACGAUAAGCCUGAAGAGCUCUUGGACAUGGCAUCGCGAUGGCUCGAUGGGAGGAAGUUUACUUAG